UCUCCAACUGAGCCAGCCUCCAGCCCUGAGACCCAGCCCCCACCGAAGCUGCCCGUGAAAGAAAACAGCGAGGACAUGCUAGAUUUGUCCAGAAUGAAAGGGAUAGGGAAAACCAGGAAGUUUGCUCGGUUCAGCAUCUACAAGCAUCUCCACCGGCACGGCCUACAUCAUGCAGACAGUGUGAGCAGCGUCGACAGUGAUUCACAUAAAGGCUCGAUCCGCAGCUUAAAGACAGGCGUCGGCGAGCUUCUUGGAGAAACAAAGUUCUGGCACGGGAAGGAUUACUGCAACUUCGUCUUCAAGGAUUGGGUUCAGCUGGAUAAGCCCUUUGCUGACUUCAUUGAUCGCUACACUACACCAAGGAUGCCUUGGCAUGACAUAGCCUCCGUUGUGCACGGCAGAGCUGCCCGAGACGUUGCUCGACAUUUUAUUCAGCGGUGGAACUUCACAAAGAUCAUGAAACCCAAAUAUCGGUCCCUCUCCUAUCCUUUCCUGCUGCCAAAAUCUCAGCGAACAGCCGAUGAGUUGACAUACCAAGUUCCUGAGGCCGUGUAUGCCAAUGUUCAG